AUCAAGUAAUGUUGAUAAUGGAGGUCACAAAGGUGACUUUGCAAGUCGCUUUUUGACAGGUUUUUUCUAGAUAAGCACACACUUCUCUUCCUAAAAGUAGUGCAAAUGUUACAUGUUAACUUUGUUAUGGGAAGACAAACUGUCUGCGUUUGGUUUGGUGCUUGCAAAAUACAUAGAAUUCCACAAAAUACAAAACAGUUUCUGUUGCAACAAGAACUUUGUAUCCAAGGUCCCAUUUCCUGUAUUUACUAGAAGUCACUAUGUCCAUGUAGGGGUGGAAGGGAUUUCUCAAGGGGGAUCCUUAGGUCAGGCGUUAUAGCACACAGGAGGUCAGAGUAGUCAUGCGUCCCUCAUUGCCCAAAGGCAAAACCAGAGUUUGAUGCUCGACAGUUGUUGAGGUUUUGGGAAAUGGAUAGCAGUGGAGAUGCUAUCAGAACAGAACAGAAGACAAUAAACCGUAGCAAAAUCCAUUGAAUUUCUCACAUUAGAGAUUACGGGAAAGUACUAACAUUUUGCAUACAGCCUUCAUGAACAUCAUAUUACUGGAGUUAAUGUUUAUUAACCACUUCAACACAUAUUUUGCUAAAAACAUGCACACACCUUGGCUGCUAAGCAGUGCCUCAGUAUCUGUUACAGUUAAGAGGAGGAAAUGAAUUGUAACACUUUCAGAACUUUCACUCAUGCUAAUGGAAGUUGGUCACUUUAUUUUUGUAUAUAUUAAAUAUAGACACAGGCACAUAUAAAAAUAUAAGCAGCAGUAUCCUCAAAGCUGAAACAGAUCUUGAAAAUGACAGAUACCGCAUCAGAGACUAACUUACAAACAAAGAGCAUAUUAAAGCUUUUCUCUGGUUAAUACUGACAGGCCUAUAUGCUAGUAUUGGAUUCUUUAUCAAGAGUUCUUUUUAAAAUACUGUAUGCAACAUAGCAGAUUUGUCACAAAGGUACUCUUACAUCAGGGGCUGGAGACUUGGUUUUGAGGUAUGGACCUUUUUGUCAAAAUGUAGCAAAACUGAUCAUGCAAAAAACCCAAAUGAAGUAAGUUAUCAUUUUGUAAGCUACUAUUUAUGUAUUGUUAAUGUAUUUUGUUGCCUUCACUGUACAGUUUGAAAAAUGUUGGCACCACACAUGCCUUAUGUUGUGCAUUUAUUUGCUGGUUUUCUUCUAAUUGCCUGAGGUACAUUUUUCUGUUUCUUGUAUUUAAAACACUGUGUGGCACAUUCAUUAUUUCAUUCUCACAGAUGCACUUAAGAUUCUGUGUGUUUCAAGUACAUUCUACAUGCCUCUGUGUAAAAUACCAUCCUGGGUACGUUGAAACAACUUAGAUGCAAAGAGUUCUCAGCACAGGUAAAGGUGGUGGUUGUUUCAGUGGGUGAAAACCAAUUGAAUUUCAAAUGUUUGUUUUGAAAUUAAACAAUAAAUUCUUAAGAUGCAGCUGUGGUUUGGAAGUGUUAUUUGUAAGAAUAUAGUUUGACAUUAAAUAUACAUUGUUGUGUUAUCAACAGGGAAACUAGUGUUUUAUUGACUGUAAGUAUGAAAAUCAUUCCACAGGUGUUUGUCAUGGAUUGUAUGUGAUGGACUUUGCUCAGUGGUGAUUGUGUGAUUCCUGAAGUAGAGUUCAAAAGUCUUCACUACUGUUAGUUCACAAGUUCCUGUUGAAGCUGUGUUUCCCCACUGAAGGGCUGGAAAAGACAGACAAGGUUGGGAUUGUUUUUCGGGAGAGCUGGUGGGAGGGGAAAGGUUACCAGUUAUUGACUGUUCUUUUUGAAAAGUACCGAAGACUCCAAAAUGGAAUGUUUAAGGCAGAACAUUGGUAAUGCUUCCUUAUUUGUUUGGUUUGAUUUUGUUUAAUGUCAAAGUGUUUCUGCUUUCUGUUUAAGUCUUGUUAUGCUGAACUUACCACCAUUCUACACUUUACAUGCAGAUACUAUGGAUAACCUUCACUUGAGUGUCGUAGCUGUGGUCCUUUACUGUCAUCUUCCUGGCUCAAUGGGGACCAAGUCACAGCAGAUUCUUCUUGAUAAACAUCACCAUUCAGACUGCCAGUGGGGUGAGGAGCUCUUACUGAACUGUUCUUUUACCGGAAUGUCUACUAUUCCAGAGGAUAUCUCACAAACAGCAGUAACAGCUGAUUUUAGUUACAAUAACAUUAAAACUUUCUUGUGCACCAGUGGAAGAAACAAAGAAUGGAUGCUGAAACACCUGAAUCUCAGUAACAAUCUGAUUUCUGAACUCUCCUUAACUACUUGUAGGAAUUUACCUGCUUUAGAAACAUUAAUCCUCGAUGGUAAUGCCAUCCACACCCUUACACUGGACAUACCUACCCCUGCACAUGGCUCAUAUGGAAAAGCUGAUCAUCUCCUGCCUGCUUUGAAAGUAUUGUCACUGGAAAGAAAUCGUCUUAAUACAGUUCCAAGAGGUAAGCAUUUUAAGACCUUAAAGAAACCUUGCUCCCAAGGGGUAAGUUGGCUUUGGAUAUGAUUCAGUAACAUCCUACUAAAUUCAGAAUGUGAGCAUCUCUAUUAGUUACGUGUAAAAUGAGGAAAAGUUCCACCUGUGUGCAGAGACUGAAACAAAUGGGUUGUUUCUGA